GUUAUUGGAGGACUUGGUUCAAAAGGAGAGAGAAUUUCAAGUCCUCUUACAUCAAGCUAUAGAAGAAAAAGAUCAAGAGAUCAGAAACCUACGGCUUAGGUCACAGCCAAUAGAUAUUCCUGGAUUGUCUGUCUGUCAUCGUCAUUCCACUGGCGCAGGGACCGAAGACCCUGAUCUCAUAAACUGGCUGAGCGUUCAAGGAGCUGAUGAGGCCACGAUAAACAAGUUCUUGGCCGAAGACUAUACAUUAAUGGAUGUUCUCUGCUGUGUUACACGAGAUGAUCUGAAAUGUUUGAGACUGAGAGGAGGAAUGCUAUGCACGCUCUGGAAGGCCAUCACCGACUUUCGAGAGAAGCACACCUGACACUGAAAUUUUGCUUGACUUCUCUGCAGAGAGGAAACUAUUUCCUUUCAGCACAGAGCAGGUGUGCUGUCAGAAGGACCGUUGCACUUUAAUCCAGUAUUUGUUUACCGAUGUUAAAAACACUGCAGCUUCCUGACUGCUUUUACUCCUAUAAUCCAUAAGGAAUCUGUAAACAACCUGCAACAUUAUUAUACUUCAAAUGUUUUUACCGGCAAGUUUCUCAAAAAUUAAAAAAAAAAAAAAAACCACAACACCCUAAAACUUUAUAAACUCAUGAAAUAUUGUAGUUACAGUAACCAGACGUUAAUUUCAUGAAAAACUGAUGUAAGAUUUCAUGUGACUAUACAUCACUGGAACAAAACCAAAAUGUGACAACAACUUUUCAAGUUUCUUUUUCUUUGUAAUGUAUCUCAAUAAUCUGUAGUAGAACUUCAUAAUUUUAAUUGUAAUUAAGUAUUUUUCUUUUAGUGUGCAAGACCUAAAGGUAAUUGCUUUUACCUACUGCCCUACAUAGUUUAAUGUUGUUUAUUUUUGGUAAUUUAAGUUUUAUGGUGCAUUUGUUUUAGAGUUGUUUAUUUACUACUGAACUGUACCAGUUGCAUACACCUGAACCACAGUAAUGUUAGCUUGUUCUAAAGCUAUCUCUGACAUACACAACUGAAAAUAAAAACAACCUAAG